AUGGUUGCCGACUCCAAUGGCUGUCUGGCUGGGUUGGCCCACAAGACGGCGUGGGGGGCAGCAUUGCGUCAGGUAUCGUGGCACCCAAGCAUCGACAUGUCGCCGAAAUUCGCUAUCCCAGGAUGCCGGGCACAACCCCGGUCGGACGAUUCUGCGCCUCCAAGCGCGGAUCUCGAUGCAUUUCCACAACAAUACGGGACGCAGCCACGCAGCUUACCCCAUGGUAGCCCACCUGUCGCCUGCCCAGGCCAAACGCCAUCAUGCCCUGCGGCCUUGGCCGAUUUCAUGGAAGAGCAACAGGCUGAGCCUUUAGUGUGUCUAAGCUGCCAGAAUGGCGAAGUUGAGCUUUUCUUCUGCAACGUGUGCGAGCUCACCCUGUGCGGAACAUGCUGGGACCAGCAGCUUGUCCACCGCAUCAAUGCUUCCGCUCACGAGAAGACCAGGCCCGACCUGGAGCGACGCAUUCAAAGGGUGUUCGCACACCCAUCCAACGAGUCCGACUAUGAACGGAUGCACGAAGAUGACGAGGGGAGCGCAUGGUUUGGCAUUGGCUACUCGGAGCUCUCGGACGAUAUCAUUUUGCGCGACUAUGGGGAAUACGCCCAGCUCAUAAAUCAAAUCGGAAUGGACUCGCGCCGUUGGGGCAUCAGACAGCGACGACUCCGGAGCAAGAACAAUUUGCCCAUGCAAAGCCGUGUCGACCUGAGUUCAUGCCACCCAGGACUAGUCUCGUUUGUCGGCGUGAGCGGCGCAGGGAAGAGCACGCUGAUCAAGCUGUUGAUCUUGACCACCACUCUCGAGGAGACUAAAUUUCCUACGCCGAUUCCUGGUGCUCCGGGAAAGCAUAUUCCAACGUCGGAUGGUAUCCAUCUCUAUGCUGACCCACAAACCGUGCUCUCCUCUCAGCCGAUCCUAUACGCUGAUUGUGAGGGCUUGGACGGCGGUACCAUCGAUCCACAGGCGGCCAGGUACGACCGCAGAAGACUCUACGGCAAUGACGCCGCGCCGCUCUCUCCAGGAACGACAGAUGGAUUUCCUUUUUGUGUUCAACGAAGACUGGCGUGGGCGCUUGAUGAUACCAGAAGGUCCAGAUCGUUCGCCGUAUCGCAGCUAUACCCUCGGAUUCUUUUUGCAUUCUCUGACGUUGUCGUUUUUGUUCAUCAAAAUCCCAGAACAAUCGAAGACGUGCUGGAGAAGCUCAUUUCCUGGGCUGCGAAAGCAGAGACGAGUAGCAAUCAGCCUGUCCUCCCAUAUCUCAUUUUGGUCUUGAAUGGAUGCGAGGAGGGCCUGGAACAAUUUUACUGGGAUGUCGAUGCUGCCACAAACUCGCUCUUCGAGUCGCUCGCUGGCACUGUCGCCACGAAUCCUGUUUUCAAGACAUAUGCGAAGAGUUGGAGAACCCGAGGAAAGCAGAUCACGUCGCUGGAAGAUCUUAUUCUAUGCUAUUACAGCCGUCUACGAAUGGUCCGAAUUCCCGCCAAUUCCCGUCCGACACUGAUACACGAUCAAGCAUUGAAGUUACAUGAAGAGAUCCAACGGGGUGUCGCUCUAGUCCAAGAGAGGAAGUCAAGACUGCGUCUGCUUCUAAAUGCUGUCGAUUUCCAGACUUUCUUCCAACACGCUCUCGACCAUUUCUGCACGACACUAGAAAAACCCUUCGAUUUCGUCCGGGCAUCGUUUUGGAACAGCCGCCUUUCCUCUGAUUUUAGUGAAAGCAUCCUUGCCAUUGCGAUCACAAUGAGGGAUGCUACCAAGACCCCCAAUGCCGUGUCGAUCUUUGGUAGGCUCAGCAACCUAAUAGCUUCGUGCAUUAUGCUCGAUGCGGUCCGGAACGACAUCCGAGGCUCAGCAGAUAGGCUCCUUCCGAAAUACGCGGCCCGAAUAGAGGAUGCUCUCUCUGAAUUUUGUGACCGACAUUGGCCUUGCGAAUACGUAUAUAUCGACCCAUGGGACACUGAGGACCUGGGCUCUGGCUGGGAUAACAGUGUCAUGUUCACAGUCGCCAGCAAAAACUUCAAGCGCCUGCACUGUGUCAACGUAAAAGUCGCCCACGGUGAUCGCGGCCACCAGCUUGCCGACGGGACGUACUUCGCUGCCGGCGAGCACUUCUCUAGGUUCUCCGUCGAGAGUCACAAGACUGUCAUCUUAGACAAGAUCUACUUCGUUCUACACCACCUGCUCGAUAGUCUCUCUAAAUGCGGCCAGCCUGGCGAAUCACAGCCGGCUACGGCUCACAGACUCCAUCGUGACGAGGUCCUAAGGCCGUUCUACGAGUCGAUUGAGCGUACGAAUGCAGGCACAAGAUUUCAAAGCACAAAAUUCUGCCCGUCUUGUCUGUUCGAGCAAGUGUACCAAGUGUUGCCGUGUGGGCACGCGUUCUGUCGCCACUGCAUACAAGCAUAUGGUUGGUGGCAGUCAAAAACCAUCCUUGAAGUAUCUCAGUGUCCCCUCACGGAUCGUUGUCGGUUUCCCGACCGAGGAUACACCACAUACAUAAAACCCGAAGACGCAGGACUCCGUAUCCUCGCUCUUGACGAGCAAUUGGCGAAGGGUGAGGAUCCUGUAGUACCAUUUCCCAGGCCCACGCUAACGAAUCCAAGAACUGGAGGAGUUCUAGCUCUAGGUCUCGCGACUAAGGCUUGGACGGCACAGGACUGCGAAAAGCACCUUUUAGUUCUGCUCCACGAAAUCUUAGCAAAAGCAAAGGCAGAGGGAAGGCGGUGGCCUGUCAAACUGCAAGUGCGCCCAAAACGACAGGAAACUUCCAUGUACAGUGCAAAGAAGCUAGAGGAGUCCUUGAAGCACCUUUUCACCCCAACCCAGGCUAUGGUUGACAACCCUUCCGACAGUACCACCCAACCAUCAGAUGCCGUUCGCGUGGCGAUUCGAUCUCGCACCAUUGGAGAGCAAGCUGCUAUCUUCUCCAACUACCUAUCAAGAACAACGCAUACCGAUGUGAAGGCGUGGGAAUGCGCAAGAGCUACCAUGGCCAUCAGGCCGCUGUUCAAGCCGUUUGUCUGCAAGGAGCUUGGUCCUUUAUCUCUGAAUGUAAAGCGUGAUUCUGAGGCUAUCACUAUCGCAGCCCAAGAACUCGACUCUGCAUUCGGAGGUAGUGACCAGCAAAUCAUGGAUGUCAUUUUAUCUCUUGGCUGCACAGAUAGGCAUGACAGAAACCCUUCGCUUGCUCUCUCGGAGUUCAUGGAAGGCACAAAUUGGCGUAGCCUACUUGAGAGAAACAAAACCAAUUCAUUAGGCGCCACACCCUUCCGCUUCGCAAUCCGGUUGGACAAACCGCCUGCUUUCGAUGACUUGUCAGCCAUCAGCAAGUUGCGCGAUGAGGCCAUGUUCCAGAUCGACUCGACAGAGGUUCGCAGCAUGGCCGCGCGGCUCUUCGCUUGUCUCUUCUACGUUGAAACAGACAAUACGGCGCACGCGAUAUCCCGGAGCAAAUUCGUCGUUCAAGCCCACCUCCUCUGCCGACUAUCAGACGGUACAAACGAGAUGCCCCAACUCGGCAAACUGCUGCACUUCUCCGGUGGAACAUUCAGCGGUCUUCGCUUCAUCUUCCGCGAGGAAGGAUACGACGCGCAGGUCUUUGCCAUCCCGCACGAAUCCCUCGUCAUCGAUCUGAUCCACUCGUCCCGAUUCACCGCACCCAAAUUCCCCGUGCAACUCUCGACCCGAUCGGCCGUUGUGAACGGCACAAUCUGCCUGCGCAACGGUGAGGAGUUCCCGCUUAGCGGGUUCCCGAAGCAGUUGCUGAGGGAGAAGCGUCCAUCUAGCAGUCGGUUCACAUCGGCUUCUGGCUCCGGCAGCAGCUCGACUCCGACUCCUGGACAGCUAUCAAUGGGGGUCUGGACUGCGCCAAGUCUUAUUGACAUACCGAGCCCUUCGGAGCUUUCGCUUUCGUCUCUCGAGCAGGCAAUGGAGGAAGCAUGGUACCUGAGGGAUACAAAUUCGUCUCAAUCGCCGUCGAUAAGGGGGACGUCGGUAGGGGGCACCUCGUCUCCUCUUAGUUUGAGUCGAGCCUAGGCUGGCUUGGCCAUGUACCCCUAGAGCGUGCGGUUGCACUUGGUAUUUCCCCGUGCUGAGUACUCGUCCCGGGUUCCUAUCCACGGAGUUCGACGAUUGCACAACUGUGUGAACGACGACGUGGAGUGUCAGAAGUUGGUGCUGCUUCGACGGGAUUGUGACGGAGUUUGAAUUUGCAUUGAAGGAGUACUGGUUCCAUUUCUUUCGUUCGCACUAGAGAGCGCAUACACUGUGAGAGCAGAAUCAAGGUAUCUCUCUACUCUGUUUCUGGGCAAUGGGAAUGGCUCGUGUCGAUCUAAAGCGAGGGAAUCUGAGCAUCUGAGCGGAUUGACGGUCAGGAGCCACUUUUUGUGACCAUAAGGCAGCAAUCGAGCAAGCUAUUAGUGCGAAUAGGCCGAGACGCAAGAAAGCGGCAAAUGAGACAUGUUCAAUUCCGCCUUCAGAACCUGUGGCG